UAGUUCUUGCAGCAGUGCCGUGUAGAUAACCGUGGGGUGGGGUGAACGCAACGGUCAUAACUGCUGUUCGAGUCGCGAUAACUCAGUACCACAACACUACCAGUUCCGUCCUGCUGUGUGCCCAGGGCCCGAAUAACUAGAUUUGUGAAAAAAGUGGUUCGUUAAAUGAAGUUUGCAGUGGCGGGCUACCUCACCCUGGCAUUUGUUCUUGUGGGGUACCCAACACCCAGCCGACUUGCAUCAACCCAUGGAUGGCGCAACCAUGAUUUUAAAGGGGCAGUGAAGGCAUCACAAAAUGCCCCAAGCCUCGUGGCAGUGGUCAUGGACAACCCCUCAACGACUUUGGUGUUGAAUGGAACGAAGAAUGAUGAAACUCCCAACGACACCCCAUUGCAGCAGCGCAGCGUGCUCGCAGCUGCUCUGCCAAUCCUACUGAACGUAGCGAAGGCUCAUUUUCAAGAUAAAGCCAACAGACAACAUUGACUUCAAUACGGUGCAUCGAGACUCCGUUAAAGCCUUAGUGAGAUAGAUAUAAGGAUUUCUUAAUGAACGAGGCGUACUGUCUUUUUAAAGUAAAAUAGUUAUUUUUUGACCUUCGUCAUAUUGGCAAAUCUCUGUUUAAGCAAUAAAAUUGUAAAAACUGGGGAUUCACUACAAAA